CAGUCCACACUCUUUUACAACAAGCCAGUGGCAGGAGCGUAAUAACCCAGCAACCUUUCACACAGCUUACAUGUCACACUCCAAACUCAACCUUAACCUCCCCUCUACACAGAUUUCACUUAUAAUCUCUUCACUUCAAUUCCUCUCUCAAACUCCAUCCUUCUCCGGCUAUCCUCUUGUUCGCCGCCUCCAUUAACCGUCAAUGAAACGUGAUUUCCGCACCUGUAUUAUACAUAUAUAUAUAUAUGUAGAGUUCACACACUCAUGUAUAUGUAUAUGUAUUAUUGUUGUGUGUAUCUAGAGAAAGAGGAUGACGUCAGGAACGAGGAUGCCGACGUGGAAGGAGCGAGAGAACAACAAGAGGAGAGAGAGGAGGAGGAGAGCCAUCGCUGCGAAGAUAUUCACCGGUUUGAGGAUGUACGGUAACUACAAGCUGCCGAAACAUUGUGAUAAUAAUGAAGUACUCAAAGCACUCGCUGAUGAGGCCGGUUGGACCGUUGAACCGGACGGAACUACGUAUCGUAAGGGAUGCAAGCCUAUAGAGCGGAUGGAAAUUGGUGGAUCAGCAUCAGUAAGCCCAUGUUCAUCUUACCAGCCCAGCCCAUAUGCUUCCUAUCACCCAAGCCCACCGUCAUCUUCAAUUGCAAGCCCAUCCUCAUCCUCUUACGUACCCAACACCCACCCAGAUUCACUCAUCCCAUGGCUCAAGAACCUUUCUUCUUCAUCCUCAUCAUCACACUCAGCCAAACUUCCCCAUCUUUACAUCCACACCGGGUCCAUUAGCGCGCCCGUGACCCCACCCAUGAGCUCCCCAACAGCUCGAUCACCUACCCGAAUCAAAACCAACACUCUUUGGGGAGCACCCGCUCCCGAAUGGUUAACUGGCAUUCGUCCCACGUCUCCAACUUUCAGCCUUGUGGCAGCGAACCCGUUUGGGUUCAAGGAUACGGGCUUGUCUCAUGGUGGCUCGCGAAUGUGGACACCUGGUCAAAGUGGGACGUGUUCUCCUGCAAUUCCUGCGGGCUUUGAUAACAACGCGGAUAUUCCAAUGGCGGAAGUGGUUACCGAUGACUUUGCAUUCGGUAAAGUGAAGCCGUGGGAAGGAGAAAGAAUUCACGAGGUUUGCGGGUCUGAUGAUCUUGAGCUUACUCUUGGAAAUUCAAAAACUAGGUAAAGUGCAAUCUGGAGGCCUCAUGAAGGGUGUAGAAUGGAUCAAUGCAAGUUUGUGAAAUUGUUCCUUUCUUUAAGUUUCUUUGUUGAAGUAUGUUUGCCCAUAGCACAUUAUUAUAAUCCAUGCAUGAUGCAUGUAUAAUCUAAUUAAGUCAGGAAAAUGGGUUCGGACCAAAAUGAGUUCAGGUAGGAACAAGCCGUUCUUAAAGAGUAUCAUUUUGGGUAGGUUUAAAA